CUCAAUUUUAGGUUGCAGUUUAGGGACUGAAGGGUAACUUAGGUGUAUCUACAGUACUAAAGGGACCAAUAGCUUUAGAUACAUUCCUACGAAUUUCGACAUUUCUGAUCGAAUUUAUACUUGUGAAAAAAGAUGUAACAUUUGUCAUCCCCAAGUCCCUGCAUUUCUCAGUAAAACCCUAGUGCAAAAUGAUGAACCCAGUUAUUUGUUGACCAAUUUCUGAAAGUUGGUUGAUUGUUGUUUUUUUAGAAUAGGAAGAAGGAAAUAGAGAUGAGUCAACCAUCGGUGGUGCUAGCGACAGCUAGUUAUGAUCACACUAUUAAGUUUUGGGAGGCCAAAAGUGCCCGCUGCUAUCGAACUAUCCAAUACCCUGAAUCUCAAUCUAUCGUCACCGUUGUCGCUGCUGCCUAGAUGUUUUCUGCCAACCCUCGUUUUACCAUAUCUAUAUCAUCAUUGGAGACCGCAAAUUUGGAAAUGGAUUCAAGCUUCACUUUUGAGUGGCAUUAUUGUGUGCAUUGCGUUAAGUAUUUGAUCUUUCUUUCACCAAGUAAUAGAGAUGCUGUUCAUCUAUUCAAACAAACUAUAUUGGCAGGGAAGCAAGUUAAUCGUCUUGAAAUUACUCAUGAUAAACGCUUCCUGGCUGCUGCUGGAAAUCCUCACAUUCGAUUAUUUGACAUCAACUCUAACAGUCCUCAGCCGCUAAGGAGCUUUGAUUCACACACUAAUAAUGUGAUGGCAGUAGGAUUUCAGUGUGAUGGAAAUUGGAUGUAUUCUGGAUCUGAAGAUGGCACUGUAAAGAUUUGGGAUUUGAGGGCGCCAGGUUGUCAGAGGGAAUAUGAAAGUCGGGCAGCUGUGAACACUGUAGUUUUGCACCCUAAUCAGACUGAGUUGAUAUCUGGAGACCAAAAUGGCAAUAUCCGUGUGUGGGAUUUGAGAGCAAAUUCAUGUAGCUGUGAGUUGGUACCGGAGGUGGAUACAGCUGUUCGAUCUUUGACUAUAAUGUGGGAUGGAAGCUUAAUUGUUGCUGCAAACAAUCGAGGAACAUGUUAUGUUUGGCGUUUGUUACGUGGUACCGAGACAAUGACCAACUUUGAGCCUCUGCAUAAGUUACAGGCUCAUGAUGGUUAUAUCCUCAAAUGUCUUCUUUCGCCUGAGUUAUGCGAACCUAACAGGUAUUUGGCCACUGCAUCUUCUGAUCAUACUGUCAAGAUUUGGAAUGUGGAUGGCUUUACCUUGGAGAAAACUCUGAUAGGACAUGAACGCUGGGUUUGGGACUGUGUAUUCUCUGUCGAUGGUGCUUUUCUCAUCACAGCAUCUUCUGAUACAACAGCAAGAUUAUGGUCCACAUCUACUGGCAAAGACAUCAAAGUAUACCAAGGGCAUCAUAAAGCAACAGUAUGCUGUGCUCUACAUGAUGGGCCUGAACCUUCUAGCUGAACCUGGAGCAUGCUUGUUCGUCUUACAUUCGGAUAAAUCCUUUUGUGAACAUUAUAGAUGGCCCGAGGGCAUUUAGUUAGUGGUAAGACCCUGCAGCGUGUGAUGUGUUGGUUUGAUGCAGUGCGCGUGUUCGAGCCUUGAUGCAUACAACAACCUGGUAUUUAAGUGGAGAAGGGUACAUGAAUGGUAUGAUUAUCUACUGAAAUCGUGCCAGUUUACCCUCGAGGAUUUCCUGGUUAUCAAAAAUAUUUUUAAAUGUAAUUUGGACGUUUAAUGUGGUGUUGUACGGGAUAUUCAGUUCAUCCUGUUCUCUAGGCAUUUGGUGUACAGAAGUGGCAUUCUACCAUUAGUUUACUUCCAUGGUUUCAUGGCAUCCCUUGACAUUGUAUGCUUGUAUAUGUCCUGAUCUCUUUCGUCAUAAAUUUUAGCGUUUAACAAAA